GCGUAUAAAAGCUGCCAGGGCCGAAGGCUGCCAAGCCCUGCGCGGCCUGAGGUGCACAGAGCAUGGCCCGAGGCGCGGAGCGAGGCCGUUGGGAUGCGGGCUGGGGCCUGCGCGGCGCCCUGGCGGCCGUGGCGCUGCUCUCGGCUCUCAACGCUGCGGGCACGGUGUUCGCUCUGUGCCAGUGGCGCGGGCUGAGCGCGGCGCUGCGAGCGCUGGAGGCGCAGCGGGGCCGGGAGCAGCGGGAGGACGGUGCUCUGCGCGCCUUCCUGGCCGAGUUGAGCCGCGCACCGCGCGGAGCCCCCGCCCCACCCCCAGACCCUGCCAGCUCAGCGCGCAACAAGCGCAGCCACGGCGGGGAGCCCGCACCGCGUAUCCGCGCCGAGAGCCAGGACAUGCUGAUGAUGAUGACCUACUCCAUGGUGCCGAUCCGAGUGAUGGUGGACCUGUGCAACAGCACCAAGGGCAUCUGCCUCACAGGACCUCCUGGACCACCAGGACCUCCGGGAGCUGGUGGGUUGCCAGGACACAAUGGAUCGGAUGGACAGCCUGGUCCUCAGGGCCCAAAAGGAGAAAAAGGAGCCAAUGGAAAAAGAGGAAAAAUGGGGAUACCUGGAGCUGCAGGAAAUCCAGGGGAAAGAGGAGAAAAGGGAGACCCUGGUGAACUGGGCCUGCAGGGAAAUGAGGGCCCACCAGGGCAGAAGGGAGAAAAGGGAGACAAAGGAGAUGUGUCCAACGACGUGCUCCUGGCAGGUGCCAAAGGUGACCAAGGCCCACCCGGUCCUCCUGGGCCCCCAGGCCCUCCAGGUCCUCCAGGGCCCCCUGGAAGCAGAAGAGCCAAAGGCCCUCGGCAGCCAAACAUGUUCAAUGGACAGUGCCCAGGUGAGACCUGUGCCAUACCAAAUGAUGAUACCUUGGUUGGAAAAGCCGAUGAGAAAGCCAGUGAACAUUCCCCACAAGCAGAAUCCAUGAUCACUUCCAUUGGAAACCCAGUGCAGGUAUUGAAAGUGACAGAGACAUUUGGGACUUGGAUAAGAGAGUCUGCUAACAAGAUUGAUGACCGGAUUUGGGUGACGGAGCAUUUUUCAGGCAUCAUGGUGAAGGAAUUCAAGGACCAGCCCUCUCUUCUGAAUGGCAGUUACACCUUCAUCCACCUCCCGUAUUAUUUCCACGGCUGUGGACACGCUGUUCACAACAACUCUCUCUACUACCACAAAGGGGGUUCCAGCACCAUAGUGAGAUUUGAAUUUGGCAAGAAAACAUCCCAAACUCUGAAGCUUGAAAAUGCUUUGUAUUUUGAUCGAAAAUACCUUUUUGCAAAUUCCAAGACUUACUUCAACCUAGCUGUAGAUGAAAAGGGCCUUUGGAUUAUCUAUGCAUCGAGUGUGGAUGGCUCAAGCAUUCUUGUAGCACGGCUAGAUGAGAGCACAUUCUCAGUGGUGCAGCACAUCAAUACCACGUACCCCAAAUCCAAGGCCGGCAAUGCCUUCAUUGCCCGAGGAAUCCUCUAUGUCACAGACACCAAAGAUAUGAGAGUCACAUUUGCCUUUGAUUUGUUAGGAGGCAAACAGAUAAAUGCAAACUUUGAUUUGAGAACUUCCCAGUCUGUUCUUGCCAUGUUAGCAUACAACAUGAGAGAUAAGUAUUUAUAUUCAUGGGAAGAUGGCCAUUUAAUGCUUUAUCCUGUGCAGUUUUUGUCAACUACCUUAAAUCAUUGAUGUACUGCAUUCUGCUCCCUUCAG